AUGAGUCAUCCAAGAAGCAAACUAUUACCAAUAAAAUCAGAAUUACAACAGCUAAUAAAAAAUGCGGAUUAUUCCAAAAUGGCCGAUUUCCUUGGCGAUAUUUUACUGAACAUUCACGACAUCGGAGGUCAGCCAGGCUUCUUGGAAAUGCUACCAGCCCUGAGCACUGGUCCGGCCAUGUAUCUAGUGUUCUUAGAUCUCAGUAAGGAACUUGACAAGCUGUACAAAAUACCUUUCAGUCGAGAUGGCAUGGAAAUUAUUCCCUUCAAUUCUGUUCACACUACAGAAGCCACAAUCUCUCAAAUCCUCACCUCUAUUGCCAGUGUCCAUUGCAUCUCAAGAGAUCCCACUCCUCUUAUUAAUGUUGGCAGAGCUAGUGAUGCUCUUAAAGAAAGAGUAACAACUUUUAAACAAGUUAAACCGGUAGCAGCCUUGAUAGGCACACACAAAGACAAGCUGACCGACCCCGCGAGACAAAUCAGAGAGAAAAAUGAGGCACUUGAAAAAGUUAUCCAAAAAUUCCCUGAAAUUAUUAUUUCUCCAGGAUCAGAAGAGCAGAAUAUUGAGCACAGCGAACCUCUAGACGGAGCCCGUACACAAUCAGGUUCAAUAUCUUGUUUCUUUUCAGUAGAUAACCUCAAUGGAACUGAAGUGUCUGACAUUGGCCCCGUUCGUAAUUUCUUAAGUCGAACAAUUUUGGCUCGUUUCAAAAAUGCUUCUCUUCCAAUUCGACCAAAAUGGCUCAUUUUUGGGUUGCUUCUUCGAAAACAAUUUCAUAUAGCUACAAUUGAAGAUUGCUUUGAAUUAGGAGAAAUGCUAGAAAUGCAGAAAGAAGAAGUAAAAGUGUGUCUCUGGUAUCUUCACAACUGUGUUGGUACGAUCCUCCAUUACACCAACGUACCUGGUGAUGACGGUUGGCUCAAGGGUCAUGUGAUCUGUACCCUUCAAGCUAUCUUUGAUAGCAUCAGCCAGUUUAUUCUCCUUUCUAUGCGAACGCUUCACUCAGGAGGUCCAGUUACCAACCACGAGCAAGCCGAGUUGGUUAAGAAGGGACAGUUCUCGAUCAAAUCCAUUGAGAUGUGUUGCAGAAACGUGGAAAUUUCUGAACUUAUUCCCGCAAAGCAUCUCAUUAAGUUAUUGGAGCACGUCAAACUUCUGUCCCCGAUAUCUCAUAAGGAUGAAUCAUCAGCGGAAGGUGUUCGCAUUACCUACUUAAUGCCGGCUGUUUUGGAGUGUGCUUCACGAGAGGAGCUGGCGAACCCACCUCCACCAGACACCAACAACCCAGAACCACUCCACAUCACAUUCAGCUUUGGUUACGUACCAACAGGAGUCUUCUGUGGGCUCAUCACUCGACUAGUUUCCCAAGGCCGCCAUGGAAUACUCGGAUUGACGUGGAAGUUGGUGGAAGAUGGUGUCAAGAGAAACUGCGUCUCUUUUCUGAUUGCGAAAUCAAAUAAGAUAACGUUAAUAUCUCAUGAAAGGAGUUACGAAAUACGAGUUACUCGAAAUCACGCCCGUCUCUCCCUGCACGACCUUUGCACCUAUGUUCUCUCGGUAGUUCUCUACACUCUCACGAGCAUGUACGAGCAGCUAGUCCCACAAGUUGCGUUCCAGUGCCCAUGUCCUGGUCACAGCUCAAGCAGGGAUAGAAAUUCCUUGUGUAUUCUGACGGAAGAUGUAUGGAUUCAGUUUCUGUGUGGCAGUAAUCCCGUUACCUUGAGGAAGGAGCAGACAGUUUGGCUUGGAAAGACCAAGAAGGUUGGUGAGAAAGCUGAACUAGAGGUGCUAAAGUUUGCUGAGGAAGGUUUCUCCUUCCACUGGACCAAAGAGGGCUCCAGACGUCAGAUCAAGACAACUGAUGAUCAGCCCAACACUCUGAGCUUCCCGAGUGUGAGAGAGGAGGACUUUGGUCACUACCAGUGUGAGGUGAAGGAUGCAGCUGCUGAGAAAGUGCUCCUCACUCUCUACAGAGCUCUCUACAAAGAGGAGUCAAGUGAAUUCUCUACUGAAAGGAAUGAAGAGCCAAAAAGCAAUGACACUAAAUCUAUUGUAAAGACACCAUCAUCAGAUGAGGGGUCCCUGUCACCAGAAAGGCUCCAAUACUCAGCAGCUCCAGUCCAGAGAGCAGAAACUCCAAUAUCAUCAUCAGCUGGUGGUGACAGUCAAUUCCGUACUCAAAAAGGACCACCCGCUAAUCGAGUCGCUCUCCAAGAACUAAUGGGACGAUACAAUCUGACUAACGAGCAACUCAACCGUGAAAUAAGUAACCCUAAUUUUUCCUACCUGGCCAUAUAUUUCGAUGAUGUGGAAAUUUAUUCGAAUGCCAUGGGACUAGCUUCUGCUGAACAAGCCGAUGUGAAGAGGUUAUACCAUAGCGAAGGUUCCCAAGCAGCCAUGUUAAAGUGUUUGAAAAUCUGGAAACAACACAAUUCUUCUCAAGCAAGUUACAGAGCUCUACUGGAUAUCAUACUGAGAUUGGGGAAAGGAGACACAGCUGAUAAAAUCUGUCAGCAAUUGACCCAACGUAAGUACAUGUAUAUCAGUGCCCCUCCCCUUUUCCUCGCCCCUCUAACAAGCAACUGAGCCGGUAGCUAUGCAACUCAUGCAUGUAACUGAACUCACACCAGAGAAGUAUUUUAUAAUGAGUACAUAGCUAGUAGGUUGUACAUGAUUAUAGGAUUGACAGUGCAAUUGUGUGUUUUCAAUCAUAUUUCACCGCGUUUCGUCUGACUGACUAAGUAAGUAAGUAUGUA